AUUGGGUGGGAUGAACAGAGAAAAAGACAGAGAGGAAAGACAGAGUAAGGCGUGUCACCGUACCUAAAGAUUGGAGACUGUGUUCUACCCUAGACAUUCACACUACCUGCAAAGGGUUCACCACGCCUCCCUCCUCUCGUGUGUCUCCUGCAGGACAGCAGAAGUGUGUCGGCCACGCCCCUCGUCUCCAGACACACUCCAGGCAGUGUUUAUGCCGCUGGUUUGAUGCAGAAUGUGUGCAGCGCAGUGUCAGGUAGUGGCUGGUAGAUGGCAGAGCAGGACACUUCUUCACCUGCUGCUGCUCGUCCUCUGUUCAGGACAAACACACGCAUACAUCCAGAUCCCUCAUGAAUACAAAUAUAAUGACCUCAAACAACCUCCAGAGAUCACGACACAACCCAUGUCUCUCAUUGCUUUCUCUGUGGAUGAUGUUUUUCUGAGCUGUGAAGCAAGUGGAAAACCUACACCCAGUUUCCGCUGGGUGAAAGAUGGGACUCAGUUUGGGGAUGUUCUGCAGGAGUCAGGAACCCUCACUGCAGAUAAAACAGAAGAUCUCAGGUUCUACCAGGGCUUCUACCGCUGCUAUGCUGCAAAUGAGCUGGGAACAGCUGUCUCGGACCUGGUGCACCUGACCACAGAAUCCAUUCCAACUUUGGCAAAAGAGAAGCGUCAGAAAAAAAAAGUGUUUGAGGAAGGAGCAAGUGCAGUUCUUUACUGUAACCCUCCAAAGAGCUCUGUCACACCCAAAAUACACUGGAUGGACCGGCUGUUUCAUCAUAUCCCUCUGAGUGAACGCAUUACCACCAGUCUGGAUGGAAAUCUGUACUUUGCCAACCUACUAGUCAGUGACAGCAGAGACGACUACACCUGCAAUGCUCACUACAUCAAUGCCAGCGUCAUCCUGCCUAAAGAGCCCUUCAGCAUCAGCAUUACUCCCUCAAAUUUUGUGGCAAUGAACCGGCGCCCCCAGCUACAUCAGCCAUCAGGAUCUCACAGCUCUUAUCUGGUGCUUAGGGGCCAAACACUAACUCUAGAGUGUAUUCCUGAGGGCCUGCCGACUCCUGCUGUGCACUGGGAGAGGAAGGACAGCCCUCACUCUCCGACCCGAAUGAAGAAGCUAAACUAUGACCGCUGGCUGCAGAUUCAGGAUGUGUCUGAGAUGGAUGAUGGAGAGUACGCGUGCACUGCCAGGAACAGCCAGGGCUCCGUUACACACUACUACACUGUCACUGUUGAAGCUGCUCCAUAUUGGACCAAGAGACCUGAAGACCACCUGUAUGCCCCAGGAGAGACUGUAAGACUGGACUGUCAGGCCGAGGGUAUACCAACACCAAAUGUCACUUGGAGCAUCAACGGUGUUCCCAUCACAGGGACUGAUCUGGACCCGAGACGGCGUGUGAUCUCUGGCAGUCUAAUUCUCAGAGACGUUAUGUACAGUGAUACAGCAGUCUAUCAAUGUGAAGCCACCAACAAACAUGGCAACAUCCUCAUCAACACUCACGUCCAUGUCGUCGAACUGCCUCCUCAGAUACUGACGGCAGAUGGACUCGUGUACAGAGCAACGACUGGUCAAACCACUGUACUGGAGUGCAGAACGUUCGGUUCCCCCAGACCCAGUGUGGACUGGGAGAUUGUAGGGUAUGGCCCUGCUUUGUCUAAUGCUAGAAUGUCUCAGUCGACCAAUGGAAAUCUAGAGAUCAGUAAUGUGACUGAAGACGAUAGUGGCUUUUACAAAUGCUCAGUGAAAGACUCCAACCUGACCAUCACUGCCGAGUUGCAAGUCUUGAACAGAACUAAGAUUGUUGACCCGCCGCAGGAUCUGCGUGUUGUUCGUGGAAAUGAUGUAAUAUUGCAUUGCAAAUAUAUACUGGACCACCAGUUGAAGGAUCACACAAUUCAGUGGAAGAAGGAAGGGCACAACAUCCCAGCAUCUGCUAAUUAUCACAAGUACACUGACUAUCCAGACGGCUCCCUGAAGAUCACAAACGUUCAGAUGAUGGACACUGGAAACUACAGCUGUGAGAUCAGCACUAAACUUGACUCGGCCAUGGCCACUGGAUCCAUCACUGUACAGGAUAAACCAGACUAUCCUCACUCUCUGGAGCUUUCUGAAAAGACAGACCGUAGCGUCACUCUGUCCUGGACGCCUGGAAACGAAAAUAACAGUCCUGUGUCUGAGUAUGUAAUAGAGAGGAAAGAGGAGCAGUUCGGAGAAGCAGGCCGAUGGGAGAAGAUUAAGAGGGUUUCUCAUGACAUCAAACAUAUAGAGAUCCCUCUACAGCCAUACUGCACGUAUCACUUCAGAGCCCGAGCCAUUAAUGAUAUCGGGACCAGCGAGCCCAGUCCUUCCUCAGAGUCCUACAUCACCCCCGCUGCAAAGCCGGACAGGACCCCAGAGAAUGUGACGACUGUCUCGACAGAUCCAGACAGCAUGGUCAUAACUUGGAAGGAACUGGAGCGACGGCAUUUUAACGGACCUGGAUUUAAGUACAACGUCUCCUGGCGUCAGGCUUCAGGCAAGGAUUCGCACUGGAGGAAAACCAGCGUCUCCAGCCCUCCGUUCAUUGUCAAUGAGACAGGAACCUUCAUCCCAUUUGAGAUUAAAGUACAAGCCAUCAAUGACCUUGGUGAAGGACCAGAACCAGUCGCUAAGAUCGGCUUCUCUGGAGAAAACGUACCUCUUGAAGCGCCAUCAGGGGUGACAAUCAAAGAUCAGAAUACAACCGCUGUUUUUUUAGAAUGGAGUCCAGUCAGCAGGGACUCUGUACGCGGACACUUACUGGGCUACAAGAUUCAUCUCAGAAAGAAGGGAAUCAGAGUCAGUCACUUAAGAAGACGGCUGGACAAGCGAGCGCUGGAGAGACAGCGAGAUGACGAGAGCAGAGUGAUCGAGGUUUAUGGUCAGAAGGUGGAGGAGAUUGUGACCGGUCUUAAGUUUUACUCACAAUAUGUUGUGACGGUUGCAGCGUUCAACAGCAAAGGAGAGGGGCCGCAUUCACAGCCACAUCACUUCAACACGUCCGAGGGAGCUCCUGGAGCGCCGGCACUCUUGACCUUUGACAGUCUGUCAGAGACACAGGUCACUCUGCUCUGGCAACCCCCACACGAACCCAACGGAAUCAUCACAGGUUACCUGCUGCAGUAUCAAGAGAUUGUGGAUGGUAGUUCGAGCCCACAGCAGGUGGAGUCCAUUCAUCUGGCCCCUAUUACUGAGUAUACACUGAAUGGUUUGAACCCUCAGAGUCGAUACCUCUUCGGCCUGAGUGCACGCAAUGGUGCUGGGAAUGGAGAUCCCAUAAAAAUACGGGGUGCCACCCUGCUGGAUGGAGAACCUCCAUCUGUAAUCAACAUAACCACUGGUGAGACAUCGGUCAACCUCAGCUGGGUGCCCGGAGUUAGACAUCGCAAUGUUCCCUUCAACUUCCGUUACCUGAAAAAAAGUGCUGGUGGUGUAUGGGAGGAGUCGGAGCAGGUAAACUCCACAAAGGCAUUCUAUCAGCUGCAGGGUUUGUAUUCGGGCACACUCUACCAUCUGCAGAUCCUGACCGGAAACAAAUCACAUGACUGGGACUUCAAGACUAAAGGACCAGAGCCGGUGGUUCUGCGCAGUGGGUUUGCCACUCAGAGUUGGUUUAUCGGCCUCAUCAGUGCUGUAGUUCUGCUGCUGCUGGUCCUUCUCAUUCUGUGCUUCAUCAAGAGAAGUAAAGGAGGGAAAUACUCAGUGAAAGAUAAAGAAGAGGGUCAGGCAGAAUCUGGAGCUCGCACAAUGAAAGAUGACGCAUUUGGAGAAUACAAAUCUCUGGAGAGUGAUAAUGAGGAGAAGCGCUCCAGUCAGCCGUCGAUCUGUGGCGAGAGCAAACGCAGCAGCAACGACAGUCUGGCUGACUACGGAGAUAGCGUCGACAUCCAGUUCAAUGAGGAUGGUUCGUUCAUCGGCCAGUACAGCGGACACAGGGACCCGCAUGUGCAAGGAGGUCACGAGAGCUCGGGUGCCACGUCCCCCAUCAACCCCAACAUGCCCCCUCCCAGCAUCAGCUUCCCAAAUUCUGUGACGGGAAUACUGGGGCCGAAUUAACCAGUCACACACACACACAUCCAUACACACCUGCCUGAGAAACUGAAUUACACUGCACCACACUGCCCUCAUGGUAUAAGACAUCAACAAACAUCAUUCACACAUACGUAACAACAAACACACAUUGUACACUAUCUAACACACACAACUGACAUGCAGGACUAAUGCUUUUAACAUUCCACCCGUGCGAUCUUGAAAACUGUUUACAACCCUAGCUCGCAUUGCAUCACUUUCUCCGAGUUUACAGCGUGUGAUGUUUGAAUCGUUACAUCUCCCUAACUGGAAGUUAUCCCAACAAAUAAUUUUGCUGAAAGUUUGCAGAAUACCAUUCGAUAAGCUGUAGACUUUGCCAGGGAAAACCGUAAGGAAAUAAGUAGGCUGGCUAUGUUCACACUGCACACAAAUCUGAUUUUAUUUCAAAUCCAGUCUUUGGCUGUACGCAGUGUCAUUUUGCAAAGGAUGAAAUCUGAUCCAUCUGUUCAGAUUUUGUUUUUAAAAGCCGAUAUGUCUACAUCAUUUGAUUUAGUAAGCCAUUAUAGCAUCAGCAUUGUUGCUAGACGUCAGUGUGAGAAUGAGGGACGGAAAACUGGAAAUUUUGCUUCUGCUCAUGCCUAUCGUAACAUAAGAGAACAUAAGUAACAUUUUACGUGUUCACGCAUACUGUGUCUGAAAGCACUCAUAAUGAAUGCCACAUAGUCUACAACAUGCGGACAGAGUAAGAAAAUUUGUGAUACUCCUUUAAUGUUACAUAUGCAGUUUUAGGUUAGUUACUCAAAAAGUAAUCCACUACAAAUUACUUAUUACUUCUCUAAAAAUUGUAAUCAUAUUACUUUGAUAAUACAUUUAAAAGUAAUCACAUGACUAAUUACAUUACUUUUAAGUUACUUUCUUAAACUCUUCACAGAAAUUAGCCUACAUAACACAUUCCGCUCAACAUAAUUCAAAAUAAUUUCUGUAUUUCCUCCUCGUCCAUUGAGGUUCUCAAGUCCUACACUAUGCACCUCACAUUUUUCCCUUACAAUGACAGCAAAAUGCAAACAGAUGUAGAUAUUAACGUUAUGCAUGUUUUAAUUUUAUUUUGUUUAAUAAAAAAAAUAUUGUUCUUGGGGAAUAUGUGUAACCCAAGUAUUUAACUUAAAUUAAAGUCAGUAACUGUAAUCCGAUUUUAAUAAUUUUAAUUGUAAUGUUACAUUACUUCUUUUUUUACCUAAAAAAAUUACAUUGUAAUCAGAUUACACCCAGCAUUUAAUACGCAUUGCGUCACAAAUAAUGCAAAGACUUUAAAUCCAUUCAGACAGUUCAGAAUGAGUCACAUUAAUAAAAAAUCAUAUUUUAAUUGGACUUCAAAUCACAUAUUAAUGUGGUUUGUUAAAAUCCGAAUUAUUUUGUGCUUUUCAGUCUAGAACAAAAAUAUUGGAUUUGUGCUGGAUACGUGGAACAAAGUGAAUUUUGCUGCAUGUCUGAACAAAGCCGUUUAGAAUCAAUUCGGUAAUUGCGGUGUCACAGGAAACAGUAAUAUCUUGCAGGCUAAAAGGAGGAAAUCAGUUUAUGUUUCAUUUUCACAAGUUUUUUUCUUCUCAUUCGCUUUUAAACAAUGUUUUUUACUGUUUUUUAUAUUGUUAUUUUUACAUAAAAAGUACAUAUAAUAUAUUUUGUUUUAUAUAAUUUAUAUUUUGUUUUAUAAUCAUUUUUACUUUUUAUAUCAUCAGCAUUUAUUUUUGAAUUUCUUAUUUAAGUUGACAUGCUUUUGUCUUUAUAUAUUGCUUUUUAAUACACUACAUAAUAAUAAUGUACAUAUGUACGAAUAGUUAUGAUUGUUCCAUGUGUGUCUUUCUGUCUGAAUAAUCAAAGAUUAUCUUAAGAUCAGGACUCCCGAUGUCAAGUGUGUCAAGUUUUUUUAAAAUAUUGGUGUAUUUGAUGCAACCCGAUACGUAGAAUCCAUUAAGGACAUACAGCCGCUGCGAUGAAAGCCAAAUGACGUGAUUUAGACACUAACAAAUUCUGAAAGUGUUUUUAUUCCUAGAAUGAACUUCCUGCAGCACUAACAGAAUGAUGCAAUGUAGGCUAGCUGCUGUCGUGUGCGUUGUGUCUGUUAGUUUGCUGUAUUGCUGAGGCUGAAACCCCCAUCGUGAAACCCCCAUCGUGAUGCGCUUGAGUGUCCCGUGUCAUCCGCCUCUCAGCUUGCAAAUAGUAUCACUCGAUCAGUGCGAUUUAUGCAAAUGUAUUACUAACAACCUCUCAUUAAUACAAAUACUGCAGAUCAUUCUGUUUGGACAUUUGAAUUGUUUUUAUUAUAUAAAAUUGACAGACAGGUUUCGUGAGGUUCAUCAUUAGGAAUUGACCCAAUGACGAAUUUAAUAUCCUAUUAACAGCAAAACAAGAACUGGGCGAGAAAGACUAAUCUAAUGAAAUUAACAGUUUGAUGUACAAAAUAACAAAUCAGUGUCUCAUAUUCUGAAUGUAAGUAAUCUUUUACCAUUAUCAUUUCGUAUUUUACUUAGUUUUAACCUGUAAUAUCUUAAUUACGACAAUAUUAAUACCAUGUCCUUGCUUUCAUGCUCAAAUGAUAGAUUUAGUGAUUUCAGAGCAAAACUAUUUUGUUUUCUUCUCUUAUUUAUGAUCACGCUUGAGCUGACCUUUAGAUUAGAAACUGUUAGACAACAGGUCAGUGGUACAAUGCAAUUUUUUAUUGGACUUUUUCUGAAUGAAGCUAUUGUUAUGAAUAUGUAUGAAAAAUUAAGUGCAUUUUAAGCAAUGUCUUCUUUUGGAUUGGGAAGCGCAGUGAUGAUGUCAUCAUUUGCUUACUGAUUGGUGAGCUCACAGGUCGAUUGGUAAUAAAUGUAACCUUACAUCAUAACCAGCCUAUCAGAGAAUUGUUUGGGUAGAGUGGGAAAAUCGAGGUUCCAAUACAUGCUCAAUUAAUUUUAUUAUAUUUUAAUAUUUCUUUUAAUUUUAAGGGAUAAUUCUGCCAAGAAUGAAAAUUCAAUGAUUUACACACCCUCAUGAUGUUUCAGGCCUGUAUUACUUUCUUCCA